UCCCGGCGAGUGCGGGAAAGCCGCGAAGGAUGAUGCCGACCCCGCGCUUUGGCCCUGCGGGGCGGCCGCGCCCUGCUCUGCCCUGCCGCCGCUGCUGAGCCCGGAGAGCGAUCGCGGCCCGCCAGCAGCCGGCACCAUGGCGUCCGGCUGCGCGCCGCCCUUCGGGGACCCGGCGGAGAUGCGGGAAGGGUUCCUGUGCCCGCUCUGCCUGAAGGACCUGCAGUCAUUCUACCAGCUCCAGACGCACUACGAGGAGGAGCACUCCCGCGAGGACAGGGAUGUCAAAGCGCAGCUCAAAAAUCUAGUCCAGAAGGCCAAAAGAGCAAAGAAGAAAUUGCUGAAACGAGAAGGAGAUGACAGAACUGAUUCUGGAUCUCAGGAGCGAUACGAGUCAUUCAGCUAUGGUGGAGUAGAUCCAUACAUGUGGGAGCCUCAGGAAGUCGGUGCUAUGAGAAGCCAUCUUUCUGAUUUCAAGAAACACCGAGCAGCCAGGAUUGAUCACUAUGUAGUAGAAGUCAAUAAGUUAAUAAUCAGGUUAGAAAAGCUUACAUCGUUUGACAGAGCAAACACUGAGUCAGCCAAAAUAAGAGCUAUAGAGAAGUCUGUUGUGCCUUGGGUCAGUGACCAGGAUGUUCCCUUCUGCCCAGACUGUGGCAGUAAGUUCAGUAUUCGAAACCGACGUCACCACUGCCGCCUUUGUGGGUCUAUUAUGUGCAAGAAGUGCAUGGAACUUGUUGGUCUUCCUUUGGCAAGCAAGCUCACUAGCGCCAGCAGAGAGGCCUUGGGUUCUCAUACGAGCCCGAACUCCUCACCAAACAGUGUCCAUGGCUCCCGCCGUGGCAGCAUUAGCAGCAUAAGCAGUGUGAGCUCAGUUCUGGAUGAGAAGGAUGAUGACCGAAUCCGAUGUUGUCGGCACUGCAAAGAUACCCUGUUGAAAAGAGAACAACAGAUCGAUGAGAAAGAGCACACUCCAGAGAUUGUGAAACUCUAUGAGAAACUCCGAUUCUGCAUGGAGAAAGUUGACCAGAAGGCACCAGAGUAUAUAAGGAUGGCAGAAUCACUGAAUGCUGGGGAGACAACCUACAGUCUUGACAACGCUAAUGACUUGAGGGUGGAGAUUCAAAAAGUAUACGAACUUAUAGAUGCCUUAAGUAAGAAGAUUUUGAGUCUAGGCUUGCAUGAAGAUCCCCAGCCUCAUCCUAAAACACUACAGCUGCAGAGAAUGAUAAGAUAUUCAGCUACACUUUUUGUUCAGGAGAAACUGCUUGGCCUGAUGUCCCUGCCAACCAAAGAUCAGUAUGAAGAACUGAAGAAGAGAAGACUGCAUAUGGUGGCUCUUGAAACACAUGGAAAGCAAGAAGAAAAGCAGAAAGAUUUCAUCUCCAGAUCUGCAGCUGCAGUUAAUGGUGAUGCAACUCACCUGAAAAAAGAAACAGUCAGGAAAUCUGAAGGCUGGUUACCUACAUCUAGCAUAUCACGUGAGAGUGAGAUAGCAGACCCUCUUCUUCAGCAGAUUGACAAUAUUACAUCCUUUAUUAAGCAAGCAAAGGCUGCGAAUAGGGUAGAUGAGGUCCAUAUGUUGCAAGAGAACCUGAGGCAGCUUCAGGAUGAGUAUGAUCAACAACAAACACUGAAAGCUAUUGAGCUUUCCAAAAAACAGGCAGAAGAGGAAGAGAUGCAGAGGGAGGAACUUCAGGUGCUUUGUGAAAAGGAGUGGGAAAGAGAACAGCACAAACUCAUGUCUCAGCAUUCAAGGACACGCUCCUUAGACUUCAGAGAAGUCAAGCAGCAUCAGCACGGAGUUGUAAAUGAGAACCGUAACUUGACAGCGUGUGCAUUGGAUUUGGAUAUUACUCGGAUCAGAGGGAACCCAGGUUUUGAAACUCCUGCUGUUGAGCAGCUGCCAGCUAAAGAGCACUUGAUUUUCACACUGGCACCCCAGAAUGUCCCACAGUGUGACAAAGCCCAAGAUCAGCCAGCCAGUCUAAACCCCUUUGAAGAUGAAGCAGAUACCCCUCAGUUAGAGGAAGAUCCUUCUAACCCAUUUGCCAAAGACACUUCUCCAAUGGUUUCUUUCUCUAACACGGCUUUGCAAAGUAAUAAAAAGGAAUAUAAUCCAUUUGAAAAUGAGGAGGAGGAGGAACAAACUAAUGGAGCACCUGGCAGUACAUCAAACCCUUUCGAAGAGGAUGAAAAUCCAUUUAAAAAACCAGGGGGCAGCUGGAAUUCUGGAAAUCCAUUUGAAGAAGGAUCUUCUACCAAUCCCUUUGAAGUGGAGGAUGACAGUGAGAAUUCUGGAGAGGAGGCUAUAGAGGAAGAACUGCUUCUUCAACAGAUAGAUAAUAUCAAAGCUUAUAUAUUUGAUGCCAAACAUAGUGGACGAAUGGAUGAGGUGGAGGUACUGACAGAGAACUUAAAGGAAUUGAAGCGCACACUAGCAAAGCAGAAGGAGAAAUCCAACUGCUGAAGCAAUGGGGCUUGGUAAUCAUUACUUUAAAUCUGCUGUUAAAUAUGGGAAGGUAGAGCAGAUACUUGCAAAGAGGAGUACAGAUCACAAGAGGGAAUUGGGGGAGUCUUGACUUUCAUGCACUUUCAGCUAGGCAUUUCCACUACUACUCAGUCUUGAAGAAAGAAUCGCUGAGGUAUGCUGCUGGUCCCAGACACCUGUGGUAAGGAAUUUUGGAAUGACUUGUUAACAACACUCAGUGCUGCCUGGUCUUGUGUUUAUUUUGGUCAAAGUGGCUAAGUGCCAAUAGGGAACUGUGAUUUGGAAAUGGUUGCAAUGUUGGUUGUUCUCUUUCCCCCUUUCUGUUACAAUAGUAUUGGCCUUUCGAGUGGGGCUUUAACUAAAGAGAGACAAAAACUUUUCAAGUGCUGCACCCCAGUAAUGUUAUGGUGCAGUGCUACAGUGCCUGAUGGUGUUAGCAGAAAGUGCUGUUAGGCGGCUACUGUGAUUCUUCGAGGUGCAGAAUAUACAGAUCAAUUUUGUGCAAUGCUAAUAUGUAAAAGGGAUUUUAAGACUGAGAACUUUCUAACUGAUCUUAACAUGAGCAACUUUUUAAUGUGUUUCUAAAAAUCUGGAUGCUGUGUUUUCAUCA